AUGUGCGGAUGUGGAGGUGAAUUCGGCCGUUCCAGCGCCGGCGGCCGCAUCGCGGUCAUGUUUCCGAGAUUUUCACAUUCAUCGGCUUCCUAUCCUUCUCCAUUUCCUUCUCCUUCUCCAGCCUCAUCACCCGCAUCUCCCAAUGGGUUUCCUUCGCAAUCGACAAUUCCUGCUUUACCUUCUGCAUAUAAUCUCUUCUUUUACAAUUCCGACUCCCACGAUGCCGCGCCGUCAAUGCCCACCUUUGAUUCGUCACGAAGUCCGAAGCCGGAGACCGAGACUACGCGGGCAGUGUUCAGCUUUGAUAAUGGCCAUACGCUUGCUGCGCUCAAGAACUGCGGUAGCUGUGAUUUGCGCAUAGAACAAUACGGAUAUACAUCCCCCUCAUCCCUGAACGAAGCAGCCGCUGCAGGAGGAUAUAAACCGCUAUAUUCCUUCCCACUGAACAUGACUUCCCUGCCCUCGACCAACGGCACCACUGCCGCAGGAGCAGCAGCACCUGAAGAAUGCGGUAGAGUAACAGAAGGACGGACACUUGAGUUUGACCUCCCCGAGAAACUCGACCUGGGCGUUGGCGGCGCGGGUGUUGUCGGGCGACAGGUCACGCUGGUGUGCCGCCGGUCUUUGGCCUCUGCUGAGGGGGAAGUCCCGGGCGAAGGCUUGGGUGAGAGUAACAUGGGCGCGUGGACGCUGGCAGAGGGAAUUGUGGGGUAUAAUUAG